AUGGGACCUGGACCUUUCAUGGAUGUAGUUUUUUCUAACUCAGAUUAUAGAAGUGUUUAACUAUUUUCAGUGUAAGAGAAAUUAAAGGAGACAUAAUAUUCCCCUUGAAUAAUGGAAAUUAGACAAACAAUUUCCUAAUUAAAGAAAGUUGGCUCCCCCUGAUAUGACCCUGUUGCUGGUGGAAAUAACAAAAGAAGAGAUCAUCAUUACCAUCUUGGCACAUAAUUCCUGUACGAGUUUCCCACUUUGCAAGUACUUACACACCCUCUCCUUGAUGCCCUUCCACUGAUUCGUGUAUCCAGUAGGAAAGGAGUAGAUCGGUUGGAUCUACUUUCAUAUUUAAAUUUACCGUUUUUGUCUUGAGAUUGUGCUUUCUGCAAAAGAAGCACUUUACUUCUCAUCCGUUUUUUUAUUAACUCGGUGAGGCUGCCUACGCGGCAAUAAUCGCAUUAAUUCCCCAAAAUAAUCCGUAAUAUUGUGGGUGUCUUUUUCAUGGCCAUCCGGAAGCAAACUAAUGGAUGUCAGAGCUGAAAAUUUCUGAUACUAUAAUCCUGCAAUGUUUCAACUCUUCCAAAAUAAAAAAUAAAAUAAAAAAACAAAGAAAAAGAAAAAGAAAAGAAAAGCACGUGCCAAUCAUCUUGCUUAGUGCAUGCCAUUUUUGAAUGUCGGAAAAUGUUCAGUUACCAUUUUACCUCUUUUUCUUUUUUUUUAGGUAAGAUUUGAUGCCGACAAGGGCUAGGGCAUGCGUUUAAGCCUAUCGGUAUAAAUGUACAAAUGAUGUGAGAAAGAUCAACAUUUUUUUCUUUUGCUUUGUUUGCAGUAACGCCUAUAUCUUCAUUCCAUGGCGAGCUCUUUCACUGUGAAAGCUUGGUAAAAAAUUGGGCUACUUCGUCCAACAUGAAUACCAUUAAAGAGAGCAAAUCAUCUCUGAAGGAUUUAUUAUUCUUUUUGCAUGUUCCGAGAACUGGGGGAAGGACAUAUUUUCAAUGGUAAUUUCCUAAUGCACUUUUCUUCAAUGCAUAGUUUCCUUUUCUCAAAUGAUUAAGAUUCUCUUUCAUCACAGCUUUUUGCGAAAGCUUUAUACCGGCGAUCAGGAAUGUCCUCGCUCCUAUGAUAAGCUACGCUUUGAUCCAAGGUAGAACAUUAUUAUUCCUUUGUUUAUUCUCAUGAUUAAAUCAUUUGGACCCCCCCUCCCCCCCCUCUCAUGAUGUAAAAUUUUAUCUGAUCCGACCAGUGAAUUACUUUGAUAUGUCGAUAUUUGAACAUUACAAACUUAAGAAUAUUAUUGUGUGCAGCAAAUCAGACUGCAGGUUAAUGGCCACCCAUGAUGACUAUAGUUUAAUGUCCAAGCUGCCCGUGCAAAGAACUUCAGUGGUAACAAUUCUAAGAAAUCCAAUUGAUCGUGUCUUCAGCACUUAUGAAUUUGCUGUGGAAGUCGCAGCUAGAUUUCUUGUCCAUCCUAACUUAACAUCUGCAAUACAAAUGUCUAUGCGAAUUCGUCCGAAAACUCGAUCAGUGAGUACCCUGGACAUUUGGCCUUGGAAGUAUUUGGUCCCCUGGAUGCGAGAAGACCUAUUUGAUCGGGUAUUUCCUUUGUCUAUUAAAGAUUUUAUCUGGGCAUAAUAUGAACGAAUCGUUAAACAUUUGUUGUUUUUUCUCUUGAUUUUCUCUGGGUAUGCAGUGAUAUGUUGCUGAUUGUUUUCAAAGAACAAGUAGACAUCUGUUUCACCUCUUGUAGGAAUGAAUUAGCCGCUCUAAUUUCGUAUGGUUCAUUUUUGUUUGACAGAGGGUUGCCAGGAGAACAGGGAAACUUCAGAGGGUUCAAGAGAGUGAUCCAUACAACACGGAAGAAAUGGUCAUGCCUUUACACAUGUUUAUUGAUGAUCCUAUUUCACAUGAUAUCAUUCACAAUGGUGCCACUUUUCAGGUUUGAUAGCUGGUUGAUUCUUCUUCUAGGUCGACUUAGUGAGAGUCUUAUUGUCAUGCUUUCAUGUUAUAUAGCGUAUGUAGAUGAAUUUAUGUUGUGGAGCAUUACAUUAGCGUUUCCCUGAACAGAGGCUCAGUGCUAUUGUAUACGUGACUUUAUUUUCUCUCUUUUUUUUAGAGAGAAGUCUCUCUAGUUUUCUUUGUUUAAGAAUGAGUGAAUGACGAGAUAGUUGCUUAGGCUUGUGUGCAUUGCUUUAUGAUUAAGUUCGUUUUCCUUGAAGGAAUUCGUGAUGUGUUUUUAUGAUUUUAUAUCGAAGACCUUGUCUUUUUCAACGACAUUUAUAUUUCGUCAUUGUUCCUCGUCUUUUUUUAAAUUUCUCUUUGUUUCUGAAAUAUGAUGAUACUAACAUGUUUUUUGUGAGCUGCUUUGGGUAGAAGAAAUGAAACUAUUUUUCUCCCUUGAGUAACUAGAUUUUAAAAACUGGACAUAGAAAUUGGACAAGGGUUGGAAUGUUCCAUUUGUUAAAAACUAGUUGGUUAAUCACUAUGCUAGUUUUGGCCAUCCCUGGAAGAAAAAUAAUGGUUGGCCGUGUGAGGAAAUGGAGGUAGAAGCUCAGCAUGGUGGAGGUUGAGGUUAUUUUUCCAAGAAGAGUCGGAUCCAAUCCUUUUUUGCUGGUCUUGGUGAUAUUGUAGUGAUCGAAUGAUUCACAACAAUUAGGCUCUCCAUGGCAUUUGAGUCAUUUGUACUCUGAAGCCACACUCUUUCUUGCAUUCUUCAAAUGUAUCCCCAAAUGAUAAAAACUCCAUGCAUUUCUCCUCGGGAUUUGUCAUCUUUAAUCACUGUCCGGAAAUCUUAGGUUUUUCGAGUGCCUACUUUUCCUAGCUUAGAUUUUGUUAUAUGAUUGUUUCUUGAGGCUCAAAAACUGUCUUCUUUAUUCUUCUUCUUCUUCUUCUUCUUCUUCUCCUCAGUGUAACAGUUUGUAUGGUUCUCCUGUAACAGCUCUUGUUAGUCAUUGCGUUUAUUCGUUGGGUGAUGGUGCGACCAAUCCUCUUGUUAGAAUCUUUAGGCCAUUUUGUUCUCAGUAAUUUAGUUUGUCCAUUUCGCUGCUGGUAGAUUUCAGAAAGUAAUGGAUUAUUCUGUCAGUUGUUUUCUGUCCUCUAUUGAUUUACUGGAAAAUAAGGGCUCUGCUCUUGAAGGUGGUAGAUUAUUGUUUUCCUGCUAACUGUGUUCUUGUUCUUUGAUAGUUGUUUGUACUACUGUAAUUUUCUUGUUUGGAAUCAUCAUAUUUCUAGGUGCUGAACUGUUCCUUCCUCUCUAGGUGGCCGGACUAACAAACAACUCUUGGUCUGAUGAAGCCCACGAAGUGCGCCAUUGUGUGAGGAAUCAUCCCGUACUGGGUCGUUAUGUUCUUGAAGUGGCCAAGGUACCCUAUCCUUGAAUCGAUGUGAUUUAUGCGGAUUCGUUUGUUAUGCAGUCUUACUUGUGUAAUAAAUAACUCAGUCCAUUAAGUUGCCUGUUGAUUUAAAAUAUUCCAGAAGAGAUUGGACCACAUGCUGUAUGUGGGGCUUACAGAGGAGCAUAAAAAAUCUGCGACAAUGUUUGCCAAUAUGGUUGGGGCUCAGGUUAUUUCCCAAUCGGAAUCCUCCAGUUCUCAUUUUGAAAAAGCUGUGCCGCACAAUAAAACUGGUAAGUGGAAAUUAUCUUCUUUUCAAGCCUGUGGGAUAUUACCUGGAUUCUUCCCUUUGUAGUAACUAUAAAGAUCUUUCAUAAUCUGCUUAUUCUAUGUGUAUCCGGAGAAUUUAGCUCAAGGAUCUUUGCUGCUGCAAAUCACGUGACCAAGAUGCGCAUUCAGAUAGUAAAUUUUGAUAUCUUGGAUGUACCUACCUUGAUGUAGCACACCUGAAAGUUCUCUUUAUAAUUCCAUCUUGACGCGUAUUGCACGUAUCCUUUUACCAUGUGCCCGCAGGAAAUGUUUUAGCGCAAAAACUUCCAUGUCUGACACUGUUUUUCUCUGCAGAAAUGUGUUCCUCACUUCCAUAUUCAUAUGGUGGUGGUUCAAAUUCUCUUAACGUAAGUUGAGAGUAACUCUUCUCAAUGUCCAACGUAUUCUAGUUCUUUAGAGCUAGAUUGAGAAUAUGUGGGCCUUCGAUUUUUGUACGACAGAGUAGCACUGGAAUGCAAAAAGGAGUCGAAGUUUCUUCCCCAAGCGAUCUUGAAUCAGCGGACGGAAAUGUACUAGUCCUUGAUUUCUUGAUGCUACUUCUCUAGCUAAAUUAUUCUUAAAAUUGAGUUGGGGGAUCAGUUAAACCGCAUUAUAUUUGCCUUGGCAGAUGACUGUUGGGAAGCUCAUGGAAGCAUAUGAAGAGUGCAUUUCUAUUUUGCGAAAGUCGCAGUCUACUCGACGAACCGCGUCUCUGAAGAGAAUUUCUCCUGUAAACUUUUCGAAGAAGGUGAGCGCCUGAAGUGUCCUUGCAGAAAGAAUUAUCUCUCCAGAUUUAAUCCGCUCAUAUUUUGUCAAGUUUAUUAUCUCUCUACGAACGUUCGUUUUCUAUAGCACCGAUGUUUAAAGAUCGUUCCUUUUACUAUUUUGAGAAUGCUGCGUGACUUUUAAAAUGUUACUUGAAUAUCAUUGAACGGGGGGGGCCUUGGUUAGAAUGAGGGAGUUUUUAAAAAUAAUCUCCUAUGAUUUGAUUCCGAUGGAAGAAUUGUGGAGAGCGGCUUCCGCUAGAAAAAAGCACUUUAGUGACCGUAUGCUUUCAGAUCAUAUAUUCACACUCCGUUGGCAAUUGAAAACAACGCGAAGUCAGUCGGUUGAUAUGCCUUACUUUAUAAUAAUGAUCACAAUAAUCUACUGUUCCUGGUCUGUGGCAUGUUGGAGCUCAGGCUCGCCUUCUUGUCCCCGAAGAAGUACUAGAGCGGAUAAGAUCUUUAAACAACCUCGACCUGCAACUUUAUGAGCACGCUCAAGGCAUAUUCGCACAUCAGCGGAGACAUCUCACUGUGCAGAACGAGGAGCAGUCGUCUCAAGAGCUGGUGAGUCCCUCCCUGUUCACUGACCGGUCCUGGCCCCCCACUCUCUGGUUCCCGGAUAGUGCUUUUGUGUUGAUUCUUCGAGUGGCAGAAUGGGACUGGUGGCUUCAAGUUCUUUAUUAUGAAUGAAGGCCAGCGUGCUCAGUGAUUGCCCCCCCUCUUUAUGUACUUUAUAGGCAGCGAAGAAGGUUGGCGUGCUCAGUGCUCUGUACAGCUAUCUCCCAUGGAAGGUGCUUCUGAUUUCUAUCACGGCUCUGAUUCUGGCUGCUCCAAUCUACAUGUUGGUGACUGCGAGGAGGUCGCUCAAGCUUAAAGUGUGA